AUGGACGAAUUGGGCUACAAGCUUGACCGCCUGGAUUUGCACAAGGGCUUUUUCGACUACGGUAUGGACUCGUUGGAGCUGAUUCGAGUGCGAAAUCGCUUGAGCAGCUCCUUCCGUUUGGAUCUUCCUGCCACCUUGUUGUUGGACUUCCCCACGGUGAAGGACUUGGCGGAUCAGCUGGACCGUGAUCGUGGGAUAGGUGACCUCGUGGAGUCGCUCUCUGCAGAGUCCGAUGACAGUGAGGCGGAGCAGGAAGUCUCGGGCUGGGAGGGCGUCACGCCAACGGAGCUCCUGGAACUUCAAGAGAAGUUCAUGGCCGCCUACAAGGAGCCAUUCUACCAGAAGCAGUUCUCUGAGCUUGCUCGAAAAUGCUAUCCAGACAUGAUGCGCUACAUCCUGGCGAUCGAAGAGAUCCUGGUGCAGGUGGAAGGGCCACUUCUUUUAGAGUUUGGCCUCAUUGAUUCUCUGGACUGGCAGACAGUGCAGAUUGGUCGCAGUCACAUGACUGCCACGCAGGUGAAAUACUGGAAGGAUUUCCCGGAGGCGUUCCGCUUGUUCCUUCCCGACCCCUUUGGGACCCGCGCGGCGGGGCAGGACAUCGUGCUGUGUGGUGCUUUGUGGCGGGUCAAAGGUGAAGUCACCAUGAGGACCUUGCUCACGGAGGAAUCUGUGAAGGUGCCCAAAGGGUGCAAGAUCACGGUGAAGUCCAAGAUCGUUGAGGUCACUGGCAAGCAUGGCAGCUUGAAGAGAGACUUUAAGCACCUCCCCAUCGAGCUUUUCUUGGCCAAUGGUGGCAAGAAGGUUGUCGCACGGAUGUACUUCGCCAAGAGCAAGCAGUGCUCCAUGCUGAACACUGUAUGCAGCCACAUUUCCAACCUCUUUGAGGGUGUGACCAAGAAGUUCGAGUACAAGAUGCGCCUGGUCUAUGCGCACUUCCCCAUCAACGUGAACAUCGUCAGCGGUGGCAAGACCAUCGAGAUCCGAAACUUCUUGGGCGAGAAGAUGGUGCGAACGGUGCACAUGCUGCCGGGUGCGACUGUUGAAAAGAGCGCCAACACCAAGGAUGAGAUCCUGGUGACCAGCACCGACAUUGACUUGGCCGGUCGUUCUGCCGCCCUGAUCCACCAGUCGUGCUUGUGCAAGAAGAAGGAUAUCCGAAAGUUCUUGGACGGUAUCUACGUGAGCUCGCACGGAGUCAAGGAGGACUGA